CAAAACCUCACAUGUUGGUGCGAUUCUCCUUUGAUCGAGUAUACGGGCUCGUGGAUACCCCGGCCGGUAGAGGACCCAAGUUCAUUCGAUAUUCUAACAACCAGUAUGUCCUACUACAACUCCUUUCCGAUACACGAGUUGUUGACCCGUUCGUUAGGAUCUGGCCAGGGAGCGAUAUACCUCAUGGCAGUUAUGAUGUUUACCUGGAUGGGACACCCUCAAGGUUCAACGCCUCCGCUGCUGUUACGGAUUCAACCAUACCCCUCUUCAAGGCAACUGGACUCCCAUCCAUCCCUCAUACAAUCUCCAUUCACAACACAGGUUCUCAAGGG